CUUUCACCUGAAUCCAGAGUUCCCCCCAAUAAAUUUACCUUUUUCCAAUGCUCUCCAUUAGCCAAGGGGACCAUGACAACCUUGGGAAGAUGGUGCACGAGAAAAUGUCAUUUGGAUCAUUUCCACAGGCAAAUCUGACUGACCUCAGCAUUUGGAAGGACACAGCAAAUGGGACAAGUGUGGAAGAAUUCAUCCUUCUUGGCUUCCCAGGCACAUGGCAAUUCCGAGUCUCCUUUGUGGUGCUAUUUGCACUGAUGUACACCCUGACUGUAAUAGGCAAUGCAUCCAUUAUAGCCCUUGUGUGGAGAAGCAGCAACCUACACAGCCCAAUGUACUUUUUCCUAUGUAAUCUCUCCUUUCUGGAGAUCUGGUACACUACAGGUGUUGUUCCCAAAGCCAUAGGAGUUAUGCUGGGGACUAGCCUGACCAUCUCCUUCAGUGCCUGCAUCCUCCAGUUAUUCUUUCUUCUCUCUCUAGGCUCCACUGAGUGUUUUCUCCUGUCUGUCAUGGCCUAUGACCGCUACUUAGCCAUAUGCUACCCCCUGAGGUACUGCUCCCUCAUGAACAGCAUCCUCUCUGUUCGGCUGGCACUCAGCUCCUGGCUGGGAGGCUUUUUGGCUAUUUCCCUGCUGGCCUUUCUGACAUCCAGGCUGACUUUCUGUGGGCCAGAUGUCAUCAAUCAUUUUCUAUGUGAUAUAGAUUCCUGCCUUGCCCUUUCCUGCAGUGAUACAUGGCCUGUGGAGCUUGCAACUUUCCUCAUCUCUAUAAUUGUUGUGGUGGCCUCCUGUGUGGUCACGUUGGUCUCCUACAUGUACAUAAUUUCUUCCAUCCUGCGGAUCCAGUCAGCCCAUGGCCGGAAAAAGGCCUUUUCCACCUGCUCUGCCCAUCUCAGUGUCGUCACAAUCUGGUAUGGCUCCACCAUUUUCCUGUAUGUCAAGCCAUCAGCCCAGAACUCCCUGGAUGUGAACAAAAUUGUGAAUACCUUUAACACAGUGGUAACUCCUUUGUUGAACCCCUUCAUUUACACACUCAGAAACAAAGAGGUGAAGCUCGCUCUGGGACGGGCUUUUCGGAAAAAGUGAAGUGACUCUCCACAGGGCAUCAGUUGAACAGAUUCAUCCCCACCCUCCCAUGACUUCUGCCCUGCACAAGAUCCCCACUGAAGCGUGAGUCUGUGUGAGCAUCCCAGGCAGCAAGAAGCCAUCUCUGGCUGGGCUGAGCCUGAGUUCUGCUGCUCCCACCACCCUCUGUUCAUUCCCUGUGAAUUCAGAAUGCCUCCCAGUCCUUUAAAGUGAUGUGCUUGGAAAGGGCCACAAUUCCCAUCCAUAAAAAAUUGUUCCAUAGCAGAGCCAGAGGAGUGGUAGUCCCACAG